AUGGUCUCUCAACCAACCUCCUCGAAAAAGCCUAAGGGUAGACCCAUUGGCUCAAAGAACAAGGCCAAAGCACCCAUCAUUGUUAAGGAAAACACUGACAACCUCAUGGAAUUGAUUGUCAUUGAGAUCCCUAAGGGCAAUGAUGUUGUGGAGACUCUCAUCAAUUUGUCUCUGUAUCGUCAAGCUGGAAUCACAGUGUUAAGUGCUUCUGGUCUUGUUUCGAAUGUCACAUUUUUGCACCCGAUAUUACGUACACCUAAUUUUCCAACUAAAGGAACAUACAAAAUGACAUCCUUAUUUGGAACUUACAUGAAUGCGACAUAUGGUCGUGUUCCUCCCCAAUUAAUAGCUGAGCCAGCAUGUUCCUCCUUUUCUAUUUAUGUGAAGGCCAAUUAUGGCAAUUACGUGUUUGGUGGAAUCGUUGGGGGUAAGGUCAAGGCUGCCGGUGCUGUUUUCAUUACAGCCACUCUUUUGAAAAAUCCAGAGUUUCAUAGGGUGGCUGUCAUCAAUGGAAUUUAUCAGGAAAUUGAAGAUGAGAACACAAGAUGUGUUGGUGGUGUCACCCCAAUUGCUGAAGAUUUUGCGCCAAAUUUUGGUGUCAUGGGUGUUGAUUCGGCUCACCUGAAUCAGCAAAUGCUUCCUCUUCCAACUGAUGUGAAUGGCAUGCAUUGGGAUAUCUCCCCUAGCACUUGA